AUGGACGACGGAUCGAGGUGCUACGCCUACCUGGCCGACAGCGGCAGCUCGUCUGCCCCGGGCGACUGCGAGCGCAGCGGCGCCAGGUGGGCCACGGGCGGCAGCGACGGGCGCUGGUCGGAAGAGCCCAGCAUGCGGAGCACCAUGGUCCCAGCCUCGGACGACAAGUUUGUGCAGCUGAGGCUUCAGAUGGAGGGCGACAUGAAGAGCUAUGGUCUCACAGAGUCCAAGGAUCUGAAGGCCCUGUGGAAAAAGAUGGACAGGGACGGCAACAGCGAGAUAGAGAUCUCCGAGGUAGAAGAUCUGACGCAGGAGUUGGUGAAGUCUGGGAUUUGGCCUAAAUGGAUGAGCUACAAGGAUGCCUUGGAGCAGGCCUUCGAGACCACGCUGGAGGAGAGUGACCAUGGCGACCACAGCGUGCACCAGGAAGAGUUCCACAACCUCCUUCUCAACAUGUUCUGGUUCUGCAAGCUCCACGAGGUCUUCCAGGAUAUCGACAGCUCUGGAGAUGGCCUCGUCAGCCUGGAGGAAUUUCAGGAGGGCAUGGCCCGCCUGGGGAUGCAGCCAGAUGGGAACAUCCAGAAGGAUUUCAGGGAGCUCGAUAGGGACGGUGGUGGGACUGCCGAUUUCAAGGAGUUCUGCAGCUGGGUCCGGAUGAAAGUCACACCGGAGCAUAACCACGCUUUUGACACAGACAAGCAGAGUGCCGCGAAGAUAACCAGCAAGCAACCCGCUGAGGCCACGGCUGGGGUUGUCGCCAGGAAGAAAUCAUUCGCAGACUUUGACGCGCUGGAGAAGAAGCUUAAGGCUUUGUGCGCCGACGAGAGUGGCAAGGGAUUGCAGAAGCUUUGGCAACGCCUGGACUUCAACGGCAACAAUCUGGUUUCGCUUGCUGAGAUUGACAAGUGGGUCGUGGAGACGUGGGCGCUGCUCAACCACAAACCAGCCCUCAUGCGGGCGUUCAAGGCUACGACCGAGGCAGGUGGGAACAAGGACGAGUAUGUCCACAAAAAGGAUUUCAAGCGGCUGAUCUUGAACUUGUUCUAUUUUAAUAAGCUCUGCUGGCUUUUUGACCAGGUGGACGAAGAGCACAACAGGAAGCUGGACCUCAAGGAGUUCACCUGGUGCCUCUCCAUGUGCGGCGCCAAGAUGUCGGAGCGCAGCGCCGCUGCCGAGUUCCAGAAGGUGGACACGAACGGCGGCGGUGAGAUACUGUUCGACGAGUUCUGCAAAUACUUCACCCAGAAGCACUGCCCCCACGAGCUCACGGACUUCGUGGCCGACCAGUGA